AUUGAAUUGAAGAAGGUUGAUUGAAUUGAUGUUUGUUAGUGCUUGUGCUUGGAGGGGGUCACAGGAUCACCUUUCAAAGUCACCCUUUCUCCUGCUCGUUCACCUUCUUCCAUCAUCAUCUAUCAUCCUUUGAAACUACCAACAAGCCUUCAUUUGUAUCCUCUAGUAUUUCACUGAAUCUUUUCCUUUUUUUUCAUUGUCAGUUUUACUUGAUUGCUUCACCCGUUUCUACCGCAUCAUCAACAUCAAAUAAGCGCUCGCUUCUAGUCGUGCCACCUGUUCCUUCCGAUUUCCUCAAAAGAUUGCGAUUUUCAGCGAGGACAACCAAAUGGCAUCAAAUGUUCCAAUAAACGGUGUUAGGAUAUCUCGUGCGUUUCUCUCUUUUCUAUCCACCAUACUUUUCUACAUCCAAAUUUGGUCACCAUGUGUUGUAAUAGUCAUCCCCCUCCCCGUCAUUUCCCGUCUUUAAACCCUACCUCCUUCUGUCCCCAUCAUGUCUAUGUCAUCUUCUGAUAAUGAACAUUUCCCCCAAAUAGCCAUCGAUGAUCCCCACAAGGUCGUCAAGGUCGUCGCCACAGACGGCAAAACAUCAGAACAGAAGGAGAUUGCCUACACCAAUUGUAAAGUCAUUGGAAACGGUUCUUUUGGUGUCGUGUACCAAGCCAAGCUCGUCGGGGACUCAAAGGAGGAUAUAGCCAUCAAGAAAGUACUCCAGGACAAGCGAUUCAAGAAUCGUGAAUUGCAAAUCAUGAGACUAGUGUCACAUCCAAAUGUCGUUGACCUCAAGGCUUUCUUCUACUCCAAUGGGGAAAAGAAGGACGAAGUUUACCUCAAUCUUGUUCUUGAAUACGUCCCAGACACCGUUUAUCGCGCUAGCCGUCAUUACACAAAGUUGAAGCAGCCUAUGCCCAUGCUUCAAAUCAAGCUGUACAUGUACCAGCUUCUCCGGUCGCUUGCCUACAUUCACUCUGUGGGCAUCUGCCAUCGCGAUAUUAAACCUCAGAAUCUCCUCCUGAACCCUGCGACAGGCGUUCUAAAUUUGUGCGAUUUCGGCUCAGCAAAGAUCCUCGUUGCGGGAGAGCCAAAUGUUAGUUACAUUUGCUCGAGGUAUUACAGAGCACCAGAACUUAUUUUCGGUGCUACCAACUACACCACAAACAUUGACAUAUGGUCGACGGGUUGUGUAAUGGCAGAGCUAAUGCUUGGCCAACCUCUGUUCCCUGGGGAAAGUGGCAUCGACCAGUUGGUGGAGAUCAUCAAAGUUCUUGGGACGCCAUCAAGAGAGCAAAUUAAGACGAUGAAUCCGAAUUACAUGGAGCACAAGUUCCCUCAAAUCAAGCCUCAUCCAUUCUCAAAGGUGUUUCGACCACGCACUGCGCCCGAGGCGAUUGAUUUGGUUGCAAAGCUACUGGAAUAUACUCCCGGGGCACGUUUGAGCGCAGUUGAAGCCAUGGUGCACCCAUUCUUUGAUGAACUACGAGUAGAGGGCGCAAGGAUGCCGAACGGAAAAGAAUUCCCCCGUCUGUUCGACUUUACUCGGGAAGAGUUGUCGGUACGACCGGACUUGAACCGACUCCUGGUUCCACCACACUGCGAAGCUGAGCUACGCUCACGGUCGAUCGACUUGGAUACAUUUGUACCGAUACCUCUGGAUCAGCUGAAGAUCACGCUUGAUUGAUUGAGAGGAAGGAGGCUGGUAUCUGAUUUUUGCGUGUCGUAUAAUUUCGAUCGAUGAGUGCGUGUAUCCUGUAUUGAUUCUGUGUCGUUCACGUCAUAUUUUUGUUGAAUUGAUUUCCACGGUCGUUCAGUACCACUGUAUACAUGAUGUUACUACUCUAUGCCUGUCGUUGAGCAGAUACUUUGUGCUGCUUGCUGACUGAAAUUGCGUGACACAGG